UUUUAUUCAGUUUAUCUUAUUCGUAGACAACGCGUACUUUGCACAAUGCCGAAGGCACCAUGCUGCUGGGCAUCGAACGAGCUGAGCAGGGAUAAGGAGAACUAUAUACGCUGUUCAACCAGACAGAAUCCUCAGAGCAAUGAUACUAAGGAUAAGAAAGGCAAGCCGGACAAGAAUAUGUGCUGCGGGCCAGCGUUUCGCUUGCAAAUGGCCAAGGAGGCCGAGAAGGACACCAACGUUGACAUCGACGCCAUGUGCGGUCCGAAAGGCAAGGGCAAGAAGAAGGUCAAGCCCGACAAGGACAAGUUCCGGUGCUUCGUGGCCAACAUGAUCUGCAUGAAGCUCUAUAUGCCCGGCCGCGACUUUGAGGACCGAGACCAGCUGCAAAUGAACGUGGUCAUAUGCAAGGGCUGCACUCCGGUCUUGUGCUCGAGCCGCAUCGGGGUCAACUGUAUGCCCUCUGAGCCGAGCGCUCGAUUCUCAAUGCUGCCCGAGUGUCUGGACAAGGCGCUCACGGAUGGCGUCAAUCUGUCUGUGAAGUACAUGAAUAAGGAAAUCGGACGCGGCUGCUUUGCCCCGCCAGAUAGUGUCAUACUGCGGAUGACCAACACAACUGAAGAGGUUGUCUAUACCACAGAAGUAGAGCUGACAUGUAAGGGCUGUACCGUGGGCCUGUGCACAGUACGCCUCUCGAUGACCAUGCAGUGUCAAAGCAUCGAAGACGAUGACGAAACCGACGAUGACGGCGACGGCGACCACGACGACGACGACGAUUGCACUGGCGUUUCAAUGGGGGUGGAUACAGAUAGCUCUGCAGAAACCUCUUCCGAUCCAUGCCAGGGCUUCGUCAGCAUUGAUGAUCAGUCGGACGAUUCAAACAACUUUUGUGAUACAUCCAAUAACAACAGUAGAACUUGUGGCGGUGACGAGCUGCGGUCGCGCAAACUGAUCGACGUGGCUGGACCGUAUAAUGUAUACAGCGCCGACAAGUCCGACAAUGGCUGCUUGAAGAUCGAGGCAUCGGCCGGACCCGGCCAUCAGUUCUCAUUCGGCUCGCGAUCCUAUUUGGGGGAAGGCAAUGUGAAUCGCAUGUGCUCGCAAGCCUCGGCGCCAAAGCUGAAGCAGAUGGGUGUGAAGCCGGAACGUUCGUGCCUCAUGUGCCACGCGGAUGUGUCCUGGCUGCCCCAGAUAGCGGCGUGUCCGCACUGCGGCUACAAGCCGCUGCCCAUAUUCACGGAGAAGGAGUACGAUGAGUCGGCCACGGCCAAGGACAUCAUCGUUGACUUCUUUCAGCAGAAGAGCAGCGAGUCGAAGAUCUCCAACACCAACACCUGCCACGAUUUUGGCUCUGAAUCCAAAACCGAGGAGGCAUUCGAAUCGAUUGUGAGCGAUUACAAAUCACUCAAGCAGAGCAUUAAGAAAUGCAAAAGUAUACAGCCAUGCAACAAGACCUCGUCAAAGAAGUUGCCUACAGACUUGGUUAGUAUUUUCGCGGAAAUGAAGAAACUUUUCGAGGUCGGCGAAGAUGACUCGGAUAAGAAGCUGAAGAUCAAGCAAAUCUGCGAUGAGGCCUGCAAGCUGGCCAAAGCAUCGAAGAAACACCGGAAACACUCGAACAAAAUCUCAGAUCUUUGCGCCGAGCCCAAGAAGACGAAGAGACGCAAGGCGCAGCCAAAGUUUAAUGUAAAGUCCAAGGUCUAUGCGCCCAUGGAUAAGCUGGCCCAUCCUCGACUGGGCCACACCCAUUGUUUCGACGAUGGACGCAUGGUGCCCGGCCACAUGGGCUGGCUCUGGACGGACAAUCCAUUGGCGAAGCUGCCCGGCUGGCGACCCGGCGCCAUACGCCGGUCCAUACGCGAGCUGAUGGGCUACUUCCUCAAGGAUUAUCCCGUCGACAGUAUACCCAUAUCGAAAUAUAUGUCGUAUCACAAACAGAAGCCAAAGCCCAGCCACGAGAUGGAGGAAAAUCCAGAGGAUUUGGUGCAAUUGCCGACUCUGCACAUCGAGAAGAAGAACGACGAGUAUCUCAUCACGCUGCGACCGCUCAAGGAUCCAGAGACGCUGAAGCGGGCCGCCAAUCCCUAUGCGAAUAUGAAGCCUGUGCAAUUUCGCAUCGUGAAGGAUCCGCUGCUGAAGAAGGUGCGGGAACUGAAGCGAUGCCUCAAGAACAUGGGCUUCAGCAAGUGCAAGUGCCACAGGCCCGUGAUGCAGUGCUACUGCCGCAGCUUCAUCGACAAGAAGCAGCUGGUGGAUGAGUUGCAGCGGCAGUGCGCGAAGCGUGAGAUGCACAACUGCGAGAACGAGCUGGUGCUCUCAGAUACCACGGACAGCGAGGCCGAAUUCGAUUUUGGCGUGACGCCGCCGGCGGGUCUAAUGCAUCCGGAGCGACUGAAGGUCAGCCACAGGACCAACGCAGAGACGCAGUACAAUGAGAACGACUGGGCCCUGCCCACCAUGUAUCCGCAUCCGCCCAACGCCUACGUGCAGUACGGCGGCUGCGUCAUAGGCGAGCGCAAAGACAGAUUCCCCUGGAUCUUUGGCAAGGGCUUCGUGCAUCAGGAGCCAAAGCCGCCCAGAAUGCGCAACCCGCCCAAGAAGACAGAAAAGAAACCAGCUCCCGGGUCAACAAAGCCCCGCCAGAAGGGAGGCUACAAUAGCGAAUCUCAGGCAGCGACUACUUUGGAGAAGGAUCGCAAAGAUAGUCAAUCAUACGAUGCGCGCCAUCAGCGCAUCAACCGAGCUGCCUAUCCGCCGACUGCCAAGCAGUUCCAAAAGGUCACUUCGAAAGUUUCCCUGAACUCCAAGAAAGUACGAUUUUCAGCUAGUAAAACCGAGAGGUUCAGUACGUAGUCGUAUCGAAAUUUUUAUUUGAUCAAUUUUUUUUAAGUUUUAGCCAAAUCUUCAGAUAAUAAUUAAUUUCGCUUUAUACAAAA